UGGCCCUCAAUCAAUCGGGAGACCCGGUGCGGUGCCUCGCCCUUCCUAUAAACACCGAGCCGCCGCCGUCUGCCUCGCCCAAACCCUCCCCAAAACCCUAGCUGAUUCGGGGAACUAGGGUUCCUCCCCGCCUCCACCGCCGCCGCCGCCAAGCUUCCGCCGAGCUCAGAAAAUACAUACCAUGGGUAAGUCGAGCAAGAAGUCUGCUGUUGCGGUUGCACCUGCCGCUGGGCUGGUCCCAGAUGGAAAAUCUGGAAAGAAAGGCAAGAGGAAUGCGGAAGAUGACAUCGAGAAGGCUGCCAGUGGCAAGAAGCAGAAAACUGCACCUGAGAAGGCCGUGCCUGUGAAGAAUUAUCUUAAAGUCAAGAAGGUUCCUCCAAAGAAGGUCAAGAGCAGCAGUUCUGAUGAGGAUUCUUCAGAAUCCGAGGACGAGGUGAUGGUUCAACCAAAGAAGGCUGCACCGUCUGCUAAACAGGAGUCCAGCUCUGAUAGCAGCGAUGAGAGCAGUUCUGAUGACGAACCUGCAAAAAAGCCUGCUACUGCUUCAAAGAAACCUGCUGCACUUGCUAGCAAUGGUUCAAAGAAAGUCAAGUCUGACAGCAGCAGCUCUGACAGCAGCUCCGAUGAGGAUGUGAUGGUCCCACCCAAGAAGGCUGCACAAUCUGCUAAACAGGAGUCCAGCUCUGAUGGUAGUGACGAGAGCAGCUCCGAUGAUGAACCUGCAAAGAAACCUGCUGCCGCUUCAAAGAAACCUGCUGCAAAGACUGAAGAUUCAGAUAGCAGCAGCUCUGAUGAGGAUGAAGAUAUGCUUCCCGCUAAAGCACCAGCAACAGCCAAGAAGAUUGAAGAAUCCAGUGAAAGUUCUGAUUCUGAAAGCUCUGACUCUGAGAAGCCAGCUACUGAAGUGAAGAAUUCUGCGGUUGCCACUGCACAAAAGAAAAACCAGGACGGCUCUGACAGUGAUUCUGAUGAAUCAUCAGAUGAGGAUAUGGUCACUAAAAAACCAGUAGCCAAGAAAGUGGUAGAAUCCAGUGAAAGUUCUGAUUCUGACUCUGAGGAGGAGGAUACCACUGCUAAACCAGUUCAAUCUUCCAAGGCUGUUGCUGUUAAGAAGGGCAAAGAAUCUAGUGAUAGCUCAGAUUCUGACUCAGAUUCAGAUUCUGAAGAAGAUACCACCGCUAAAACAGUUUCUGUGAAGAAAGAAGAAUCUAGUGGCAGCUCAGAUAGUGACUCGGAUUCAGAUUCUGAUGAACCAGCAAAAUCUACUAUUCCUGCGAAGAGGCCUCUGACAACAGAGAAAAAGAGUGAACAUUCCAAGGAUGAUUCUGAUGAUAGUUCUGAUGAGAGUGAUGAGGAAGAGCCUCCACAAAAGAAGCCUAAGGAUUCAUCUUCUGGUGCUGCCAAGCCAGUCUCUAAGGCUGCCAAGAAAGAAAGCAGUGAUGAUGAUGACAGUUCUGAAGAGAGCUCUGACAGUGAUGAGGAAAAGAGUAAAUCGGUGUCGGUGGCAAAAUCCAAGCAGAACGAACCAAAAACUCCUGCCAGCAGUGGUCAAGCUACUACUGGGUCAAAGACCCUUUUUGUUGGGAAUCUGUCAUACAAUGUGGAGACUGAACAAGUGAAGCAAUUUUUUGGGGAGGCUGGUGAGGUUAUGGAUAUUCGUUUUGCUACCGCUGAUGAUGGGAGCUUCAAGGGUUUUGCACAUGUUGAAUUUGCUACAACUGAAGCUGCUCAAAAGGCAUACGAAUUAAAUGGAGGAGAUUUGGCGGGGAGGCCUGUCAGGCUUGAUUUUGCUCGUGAGCGAGGCGCGAUGACUCCUGGCAGCGGGAGGGAUAAUAGUUCUUUCAAGAAGCCUGGUCAAAGCAGUACUGCCUUUGUUAGAGGGUUUGAUUCAUCUCUUGGGGAGGAUGAGAUCCGAAGCUCGCUUCAAGAUCAUUUUAGCUCAUGUGGAGAUAUUAGAAGAGUUUCAAUCCCAAAGGAUUAUGAUACUGGCGCAAGCAAAGGGAUAGCGUACAUAGAAUUUGAUGACAUCAGUUCUUUGCCCAAAGCGCUCGAGCUGAACGGGUCUAACAUUGGAGAAGGCUUGAGCUUGUUUGUUGAUGAAGCCAAGCCUAGGGCAGAUAACAGAGAUGGCGCUGAUAGUGGUAACAGGAGCGCAGGAAGAUUUAACGGGGGUGGGGGCCGCAGAGGAAGAUUUGACGGGGGCGGGGGCCGCAGAGGUGGAAGGUUUGACGGGGGCUCGGGCCGCAGAGGUGGUGGAAGAUUCGGCCGGGGUGACAGAGGCGGCCGGAGUGACAGGGGCCGUGGUCGGGGUGGUGCACCCCCCAGGCAGAGUGCUGGCACACCUAGUGCAGGGAAGAAGAUAACUUUCGGUGAUGACUGAGCGAUGACUGAGCUUGGUGAUUCGCGAGAAACUACAACCCGCUCCUAGUGAAACGCCAAACUAGUGAAAUGUCGACCAUUUUCGUUUUUGCCUGGAGACUCAUACUUGCUGUUUUUAUAUUAUCUUAUUAUUAUUAUUAUUAUUGUGGACCGUGGUGGUUAUCUGCCAGACUAUGUCGGCUGUUUGGGAGAUUUAUACUCGUGAUGAAUUUUGGUCAGAUAUAUAUAUUACCUCCUGGCUUGCCUUGUUUGA